UCUAUUGGAAGAAUAUAUAUGUGGUAGUGAAAAGGAAAAGGAAAAAGAAAAUAGAGUUAAUGAAGUGAAAACUACGGCAGUGUGAAAAGGGUGGGAGAGAGAAGAGAAGAAUCUAAAAGGGAAGCAACCUUUCUAUUUCCCUUCUUCAUCUGCAGUAGCACAAAGAAACUUCAAUCAAACUCGCCUAGCUUUUUCUCCGGUCACAUAGCCACAACCAUACACACAAUUUCUCUACUUCUUCUGACGUUCAGAGGAAAACAGAACGGACUUAGGUUCGCCGGAACGAUGACCGGAGGCGGAUCGACGGGGAGGAUGCCCACGUGGAAGGAGAGGGAGAACAACAAGAGGAGAGAAAGAAGACGGAGAGCGAUUGCGGCCAAGAUCUACGCCGGCCUUCGAGCUCAGGGUAACUACAAGCUUCCCAAACACUGCGACAACAACGAGGUCCUCAAGGCUCUUUGCGCAGAAGCUGGUUGGAUCGUGGAAGAAGAUGGAACUACCUACAGAAAGGUAAAACUCGAUAAUCACUCGUCUCAUCACAUCACAGGCUCAGAUCUGCGAUCACUCUUUCUCCACGAUAAUGCUGACUUCGAUUCCCUCUCCAACGCCUCCUUCCGCCACCCUCUUUUCGCCACCUCCGCCCCCUCCAGUCCCUCGCGCCGCCACCACGUCGCGACUUCCACCAUCCCUGAGUGCGACGAGUCUGACGCUUCCACCGUCGACUCUGCCUCCGGCCGUUGGGUUAGUUUUCAGGGUCAGACCGCCGCCGGUCCCCCUUCCCCUACCUUCAACCUCAUGAAACCCGCUAUGCUCCAGAUCCCAGCUCAGGAGGGCGUACAGUGGGGUUCCGUUGCGGAGAUAGGUAGAGGAGUGUCCGAUUUUGACUUCGAGAAUGGCAGAGUGAAGCCUUGGGAGGGUGAGAGAAUACACGAGAAUGAGUCACGUAUCUUUAACAUGUUUCGUUCUCGUGGGAAAUCAACGAGGCUAGCUUGUAAGCUUUAUGGUUCCUACCUUUGGCAAUAUCAUGGAAGCAAAUUGGAUAUGCAAGUGAUGAUCUGUCUCAACAUCGACGGAGGAAAACAGAACGGACUUAGGUUCGCCGGAACGAUGACCGGCGGUGGCUCGACGGGGCGGAUGCCGACGUGGAAGGAGAGGGAGAACAACAAGAGGAGAGAAAGAAGACGGAGAGCGAUUGCUGCCAAGAUCUACGCCGGCCUUCGAGCUCAGGGUAACUAUAAGCUUCCCAAACACUGCGACAACAACGAGGUCCUUAAGGCUCUUUGCGCAGAAGCUGGUUGGAUCGUGGAAGAAGACGGCACUACCUACAGAAAGGUAAAACUCGAUAAUCACUCGAUAUCCAACAGCGCCCCUGUCACCCCUCCUCUUUCCUCUCCCCGAACCUCCAAGCGUAAGGCUGACUUCGAUUCCCUCUCCAACGCCUCCCUCCGCCACCCUCUUUUCGCCACCUCCGCCCCCUCCAGUCCCUCGCGCCGCCACCACGUCGCUACUUCCACCAUCCCUGAGUGCGACGAGUCCGACGCUUCCACCAUCGACUCUGCCUCAGGCCGCUGGGUUAGUUUUCACGGUCAGACCCCCGCCGGUCCCCCUUCCCCUACCUUCAACCUCAUGAAACCCGCUAUGCACCAGAUCCCUGCUCAGGAGGGCGUACAGUGGGGUUCCAUUGCGGAGAUAGGCAGAGGAGUCUCCGAUUUUGAAUUCGAGAAUGGCAGAGUAAAGCCUUGGGAGGGUGAGAGAAUACACGAGGUGGGAAUGGAUGAUUUGGAGCUUACUCUGGGAUUGGGAAAAGCUUGAUUUGUUCUCCACAACUACCUUAAAGUAUCACAGAUGCAAUUGCAAUCCUCUCCAUUUGCUUUCUUCCGGGCAAUUAAUUGGUUGUUAUUCAUAUAUUUAUAUAUUUUCUCUCUAAUUAUGUGUACAGUGUCUCUUAUAUACCAGUGAUGGAAUUUGACUUCAUUAAAAUGCCAUGUUAAUUGUUCAAAGGUUGCAUUAGAAGCAAUCUUCUCCAAGUGUUUUCUUCAGACUUUAAUCUCCACUUUCUAAGGCUAGGGAAAACUCGGUGAUAUUCUUAAUUUUAUCCUCUUAUUCAUUAUUCAUGUUCCUUUCUUGUCCAUUGUUCAUCGUUCUACUUAUACUCUUGAAUUUAUAUGUGCUAAGAGUGGGAAGCUUUCUAUGCCUAUAAUAUAAAUCACCAAUGUCAAGUGAGAAGAUGUGAGAUAGUGGGAAAAUUAAUGAUUAUGUGAUGAUUUGAGCAUUGGUUGGGAGCUUGUUUUCAUUUAUCUAUAGCUUUCAAUUUAAUUUUUUGAUUGAGCUGUCUUUGAACUUCUUGUUCUAAACUGGCUCAUUUUUGUUUCAAUGUAUAGUCAUUUUAUGCUAAGUAUGCUGCACUUGUUAACGGAAUACUUAGCCUUAAUAAGCUUUACUAUGUUUCCUUCUUGUGGGAUAUGCACUUGUUAACGGAAUACUUAGGCUUAAUAAGCUUUACUACGUUUCCUUCUUGUGGGAUAUUCUCGACUCUAACUUGUAUGUUGCUGAGAUACUAUGAAACAACUCUGAUAUGCAAGUGUGAUGAUCUAUGUCGGCAUUGGCAGUUAGUGAUUUUGCCAAAAAGCGAGAAACUAAAAAGCAGGUUUGAAGAUCAUGGGAUAUACUUAUCCUCUCUCUUCUCUUCUGGUGGAGGAUAGGAAGUCAGAGUCUCCUAAGUGUGUAAUGUGCAAAUCUUUUUGCAUUAUUUUCGGAGGAUAUUUGUCAUCGCAUGAUUUAUUAGUCAUGUUUCUAAUUUUGAAUUUGAUA